AUGGAAGACAAAGGCGGGAUGAUAGUAGUAACAAUCAACUAUCGCCUUGGUCUCUUUGGCUUCCCUCCGCGGAAGGCAGGCGUGAGAGAUGUUGUCUCGAACGCCGGACUCUAUGACCAGCGCCUCGCUCUCGACUGGGUUCAAGAACAUAUUCAUCGGUUUGGAGGAGACGCAGGACGAGUGACAGUUAUUGGUGAAUCGGCUGGCGGCGGGAGUGUUAUGGCACAGCUGGCCGCUUUUGGAGGAGAGGAUGCGUCUUCACCGUUUCAACGGGCCAUUCUCCAGAGUCCCGCGAUGAAACCUAUCAUCAAUGAUUCGCAAUAUGAACUUGUAUACGAUUAUCUUUUAGAAACUUCGGGACUACAAAGCUACGAGGAGUUGCGGAACUUGCCAUCGAAGGAUGUCCAAGCUAUCAAUACGGCAAUGGUUUCUAACGCUGCAUUUGCAGAUACUGUCUUUCAACUCAACGUGGACGGGGAAUUCCUCCGAGACAUUCCGGUCCGACUGCUAAUGCAGAAUAAAAUCGAUCAGUCAGUGGAUAUUCUCGUCGCCCAUAAUAGCAACGAAGGCAUUAUGUUUACCGACCCCCGUACGGAAGACGACGACACCUUUAGAGCAUAUUUCGCAAAUCUUCUCCCAGACCUUUCAUCUGAGAAGCUUGACAUAAUGGCGACUGAGAUAUAUCCGCUGGACUUCUCAGGGACACAACCAUACAAGAAUCACAUCGAGAGAUUAGUCCUGGCUGUCGGGGACUGCCUUUUCGAUUGCUACGCUUUUGGUAUGAACCUUGCGUAUGAGAACCGGACCAGAGGUUAUCUUUUCGAUAUCUGUCCCGGCGUACAUGCCCAGGACGCGUCAUAUUCGCUCCAUGACGGCGAAGAGACGGAUUACUUUGGACGGCCAAUAGAUUUCUUGGCGGCUGGGGCUAUGAAGAGUUGGAUCGUUGAUUUCACGCUGAUGGGCGGAAGGCAUGGUAGCGCAGCAAGGCAGUUGCCGAUUUUUGGAUCAACGGCCAGAAUUCUUCAUGUGGGAAAGCAAGACGCAACCGAGUCCAAUUUCACGGUAGUGAAGGAUCCGGCGGCGAAUCCUCGGUGUCAGUUCUGGCUUGACGGAGUUUUUGCUUAA